AUGACAGGCGGCCGAUCCGUGAUCCGGCAGCCUCUCACACAAAAAUCGAACGUCGAGUUGAUCAACUCCCUCCGGUCCAACUUCCUUGCAUCGCAGCAGAUUGACUCUGCUGCAGCCUCGCAUACGAACGGAACAAACGGCGACACGAACGGUUCACGCUCGGAACAAGCCUACCGCUCAUGGACGAACGAACACGACGGGGCACUCUAUAUCCCCGCCAUAGACUUCGCCCAGCCUGGUCUGGCUGAAGAGCGCGAUCAAUACGAUAUCACGGUGAAACUAUUCUAUCUACCGGGGAUCCCAGCGUCCCGGCGUUGCGCGCACACUAGCGAGGCGAUUGAUUUGGUAUUGAAGGAAUUACAUGUAAAGUCUAUCGAUUUGCUGAUUGUGUCGUUUCCGGGGAUUCUGUUCGAUGCCGAAGAUGACAGCGACGACGAGGGUUCGGAGACGAGCAGCAACGAGCCGGACGACUUCGACAGCAUGGUGCAGACCUGGCAGGUGCUCGAAUCUUUACACGAGCAGGGCAUGAUCGCCCAGCUGGGUGUCGCCGAAUUCGGCAGCGAGCGGCUGGCGCGCUUCCUGCCCUACACUAAGAUCAAGCCCUCCGUCGAUCAGAUCAACCUCAAGGACUGCUGUGUCGUGCCCAAGUCCCUGAUUCUCUAUGCCAAGCAGGAGAAGAUCCAGCUCCUUACCCAUAACGACUGCAACGAUAUCCUCCCAUGUGGCACGACAAGAGAGCUGCUCGGGCCCAUGGAAAAGGGCGCAGGAAUCCUGGCAUCGGCGCCGGAGGCCGACGAUGGUAUCCAGGGUGAUGUCGAGCCCCAGUGGGUCGUGAAGUACACGGCAGUUGUCAAAGAUCGCGGAGUGGUUGAGAACAAGGGAUACUUCGCUCUAGCAGAUGUCGGCACAUGCGUCAAAUGCCGGUCGUGA